AUGGUCCAGUUCUCCGAAGAAACGAAGGAGCGUAUCUCCAAGGUCGUCGAUGUUUCCAGAGUCGCUAUCCAUUAUGGUUAUCUACCUCUGAUCAUCUAUCUGGGCUACACUUACAGCGAACCAAGGCCCUCUCUCUUCAAGCUGUUUUCCCCUCUAGCUUAG